AUGGCGCGACAAGUGCAGCUGUUCUUGAUCCGCCACGGCGAGACUGUCGACAAUGUUGCCCAGCUAUAUGCUGGCAGUAGAGACUCAAUGCUCACGAACCACGGCUACCAGCAAGCCAUCCGCCUGGGGUCGCAUUUCUCGAGCUUAGGACAUUCCUUCACCCACCUGUUUUCUUCACACCUGCAGCGCGCUGCAAAGACGGCUGGAUUGAUUCGAGAAGCACAAGCCAAGCGUGAUACCAAUGGCUCGCAACAAAAGGUCCCGGACGUGGUUGAGUUGUCCUGCCUGAUGGAGCAAGACUUCGGCUUUUACGAAGGCAAAAAGUUCUAUGAACGCCCGGCGGAUGGCAAGCUGUCGGGCAAGGACAACCACCGACAGGCACACAAAGACUCCGAAGGUUUCGUGGACAUCGAGUCGAAAGCAUCUCUCGCUCGGCGCGCUGACGCGUUUCUGGAUGGCCAUCUGUUGCCGCUGGUGAACAGCCCGACGGGACCAUCCGACCUGGUGGUUGGGAUAGUCUCCCACGGCAUUAUGCUGUCUUCUCUAUGGAAACGCAUCCUAUUGCGUCUUCCGGAGAAGAGCGUGAAGCUGGCUCCUGGGCUUGCAGCCUCUGGCCCUGUUACGCUCGAGCAUCUGGGAGGGUGGUCCAAUACGGGCUUUCUGGAGUUGCGUAUGUCGCGCUCUGUCCCGGUACCACUAGCGCCUGCACCGUCUGCAACCACGGACGAAAUUAGUCCAGAAGUCGCUCCGCUUAUUCUAAUCGCGCCACCUCGUUCCGAAGAAUCCAGCAACAGUGAGGCCGUGUCCACAGAGGAUCCCAAAGUAGUCACUAGGACGCUUUUACAAGCGCCGACUACGUCUGGGUUGCGGAAGCUCGAUUCUGACUGGUCCACGGUCAUCCUCACGAUCAAUGGCAAAGAACACCUCAAAAAUUUGAAACGCACAGGUGGUGGUGUGGGUAGCUCUCGCCACGAUGCCUCGCAAAAGAACAUUGACAGCUUUUUCAAGCGAAGAAAAGUUGAAUAA